CCGAGAGUGGGAGAAUGGCAGGCCAAUCGCCCAGUCAUAGAGGUGGUAGAGGACGUGGCCCUACUCUGCCAGUCCCUGCUCUGUGGCUGGUUCUCUUCCAACUGGCGCCUCCGGCUGGACCCGCAGACAUGGGCACCACCUGGAGGAAUCCUGGGUGGGUGCGGUUUGCCCUUUGCCUCACCGGUUUAGUGCUUUCCCUUUACGCGCUACACGUGAAAGCGGCGCGCGCCCGCGACCGAGAUUACCGCGCCCUCUGCGACGUCGGCACUGCCAUCAGCUGUUCGCGCGUCUUCUCCUCCAGGUGGGGCCGUGGCUUCGGGCUGGUGGAGCAUGUGCUGGGAGCAGACAGCGUCCUCAAUCAAUCCAACAGCAUAUUCGGUUGCAUUUUCUACACGCUACAGCUGGGGUUAGGUUGCCUGCGGGGACGCUGGGCCUCUAUCCUACUGAUACUGAGUUCCUUGGUAUCCCUUGCUGGUUCUGUCUACUUGGCCUGGAUCCUGUUCUUCGUGCUCUAUGAUUUCUGCAUUGUUUGCAUCACCACCUAUGCUGUCAACGUGGGCCUGAUGUUGCUUAGUUUCCGGGAGGUUCAGGAACCCCAGAGCAAGGCCAAAGGACACUGAGGCCUCACCCCAAACCAGGCUGACCACAUCUGCUUUGCUUUAGCACAUGAGCCUUGCCCAAGGGGGCCAUGUCUGGGUACCUAGAAAGCCCUUCAUCCUCCCCCCUCCCACAUCCCUUCCAUAACCAUACACAGGAAAAUGGACCAAAUGUGCCUCUAGCUCUGACCCAAGGGCAGGUUUCUGCAAUUGCCCAAGGAUAGAAGGUUCUGAGCAAUAAAAUUUCUUAAAUAAAGUUGGUUAAGUCUGAA